UCGCGAGAUAUAAAAAGACUUUAGAGUCUUCUAAUACAUUUUUUAUCAUGUCUAUCACCACUUCUACUAUCAACGUUCGAGGAAACUUAUCUGCAUCUGACGAUAUCCCAUAUACCAAGUAUUUUGAGCUUUGCUCGUAUGAAAACUGGUCACUUCACCACUACGUCUCUGUUAUGAUUGAUAAUUAUAAGUUUGUUAGAAAGGAUACAGCACAUCAUAAAGGUAAGCUUAUCUUUGGAAUAAUUAGAUUUGAUGGGGCUUAUAGCCAGGUGCUUGUACCUAUUGGACAUGAGCUAGUAGGAGCCAUGCAAGUACUGAAAUGGAUGC